AUGCCAGGCAAUCUGGAAAGCUUAUCCUUGCAUUGCACUGCAAUAGAAGAAUUGCCUUCAUCAACUUGGUGUCUCAAGAAGCUUCAUGUAUUAGAUCUUGUAGAAUGUAAAGAGCUUAAGAAUCUUCCAAGCAGCACUUGUAGGCUGAAUUCGCUUCGACUUCUUCAUCUAAAGGACUACCUGUCUCUUGAGUGUUUGCCUGUCGAGCUCCCUUCUGGGCUGGAACACCUUGAAUUGAGCAGUUGCGAGAGUCUUGGGUCUUUGCCAGUCGAGCUCCCUUCUGGGCUAAAUCUUAGGUCUUUGCCUGUCCAGCUCCCUUCUGGGCUAAAGUACCUGAGCUUGAGCAAUUGCAAGAGUCUUGGGUCUUUGCCUGUCGAGCUCCCUUCUGGGCUAAAGUACCUGAUCUUGAGGAAUUGCAAGAGUCUUGGGUCUUUGCCUGUCAAGCUACCUUCUGGGCUGAAUGAACUGAACUUGAGCAAUUGUGAGAGUCUUAGGUCUUUGCCAGUCGAGCUCCCUUCUGUGCUGGAGAAACUGCAUUUGAGCAAUUGCAAGAGUCUUGGGUCUUUACAGAAGCUGCCAUGGCUUCUAAACGAUUUACAAGCAGAUGGCUGCAUGUCACUAGAGAAGACUGCCCCGAAACCCCAGACCUUACCAGAAAAAAAUCCUUGUGACCUACCCACUGUAAGGGUGAAAAGGUGUGGAGUCUCCUUGCUGUUUGCUCAAGAUCUUGAAAACUUAGUUGGAGGCAUUGAUGAAGAUGUAGUUAUGGAACCAAAACAAGUAGUUGAAAAAGAAGAUAUCAUCAUCAACACUAAGAGACAACGCGACCAGUUUGAACCCGGUGGAAGCGGAACUGCAACUUCUUCUUUGAAGAAGAUCACAGCGAACUACCUCCCCACAGUAGUAAAAGGAAAAUCAACAUCUUCUGAAAUAGCUAGUGAGUGA